AUGUCGCAUAGAGAAGACACCCAGAACCUCUUGAGCCUCAAGGGCAUCCUGCACACGGACGAGGGUCCCGUCGGCGACGAACCCAACUUCCGGUCUCUGCGAGACGGCCGCAGGUAUGUAACUUCUAAAGAUGCUGACGGCAUUAGAGAUGUCACCUUUCAAACGAUCGUAAGGUAUCUCGACUAUAUCCCCAAAGACAAGGUUUUCAUCAUCGAGAGACUUCCAAUGCAAGGAUCAUGGCGACCCGCGAGAGGGCCUACUCAGGACGAUACAGUCCUGGACGUAGCCUGGGACCUCCUUCUCGCCCUUGCAUUGUUACACGCGACAGGUACUGUACACGGAGACGUCCGCCUCCACAACAUCUUCCCUUUCCCUUCAGAAGACUCGUCGCGCGUCCGCUUCAAGCUCUUCGGACACGGCCUCGUUCCGGAGGUCAUCAACCACCAGCUGCGGAACGACGGCUUCACGGCCCCUGGGCUUCGUUCGCCAGGCAAGUGGUACGACCUGAGCACCAACAGGAAGCCGACGUUCGAAUCUGACAUUUGGAUGCUGGGCAUGGUGCUCUGGCACGUUCACCGUUUCGGCGUCAAUUACGACGGCCGCGGAUCUGCAAGACAAAGGUGGGAGUCGGAUAGGAUGGACCAGCCUGACCUGACUGACGGCGCAAAAUAUGGCAUCAAUCCCCUGCCUACACGGCCUCGUGGCUGUGAGCCUUCGCCUCAUCGCUUUGUGGAGGAUCUGCUUCACAAGAUGCUCAUUCCAGACCCUAAGCAGCGAUGGACUGCUGCGGACUUGCUGGAGCAGAUGAAGUUACAAAAGCGUUACACGCCAGCGGAGGAUGACAUGAAGAGAGACCUGGCUGACCUACAGGCUGCUCUCAAAGGUGAGAAAUACGAUACAUUUAGAAGGAUGGUGGCCAUGUUGGAAGGGGUCCCACGCAGAUCUUGGACGCGGUUGGGAGGAUAUAUCUUCUUAUUCGCUUUCUUCUGCGUACUUUUAUGAGUAUAGAUGGGGGUUUUGCUUGUAUCUAGGACUCGGGUGGGAAUUUGCUUUUUGUUCGGAUCAAGC